AUGGGCAUGAGUACGUAUGGUCCGUUCACGAAGUCCUCGAUCCACGACAAAAAGCUCAGCCACGUGAACCGUGGGGCAGCAGCAACGAAACCGGUGGACGGUGCCGGCGGGGCGGCGGGUCUGGACACGAUGGCCGAGGAUCUUGAUCAGCUGAAGUACGACGUCGGUGAGCUCAAGGAUUUGCUGGGCAAUAACAAGGGCGAGGUGAACCACAUCCGCCGCAUUGUCUUGGCUUGCGAGCGCGACAUGGAGGACUUCACGGCAGCCAUGGAUGCAGUGAACGUGGACUUGGACGAGAUGCGUGCUCGUGUGGAUGCUACUCACUCCAUCAUCACCUCCCGGCAGCGCGUGGAGGCUACCAUGACGGCCGAAAUCUCCACCAUGCGCCUGGACAUUGGCGACAUCCAGGAAGCCCUGAAGAACCACGACAGCUGGAUGGAGGAUGUGUCCAACACGCUUCAGCAGAUGCAGGAGAAGGAGGAAAACUUGACCGAGGACAUUAUCAACUUGAAGAACGAGAUGAACACCAAGCUGGACACCAAGGUUGACAAUGUGGCCUGGAAAGAGGCCAAUGAUGACUUGGAUGCAGCGAUCAAGACCGUCCGAGACAUGGUGUCCUCCCUGCGCCUGGAUGUGGACGCCCGUCGCCGCAAGGUCGACGAGAUCUUGGCAACCAUUCGCCACGACAUCACGGCUGUGGAGACGAACCUCGAGGAGUCCAAGGCAAAGAUCACCAGCGACACGGACCAGGCGGUCAACGCCCUGAACGGGCGCAUCGAUUUCACGAACAAGGACCUCGCGGCCACCCAAGAGUCCCUCCACACGACCCAGAACUCCUUGAGCGACUGCUUCAACGAGGUCGCUGUGGUGCGGAGCGAUCUCGAGCGCAACGUUGCCGACACGGAAGCCCGCCUGAAGAAUGACAUCCGCCAGAAGCAGAGGGAGAGUGCCCAUCAUGGUUGUGAUGAAGACGGUGAUCGUGAUGAUGUCAUCACCACCACAUCGCAGCGCAUGAGCGGGGUGCAGGGCGGACUUGGCGAGCACAAGCGUGUCGACAUCCAAAAGAACAGCGACGCCGUCCGCAAGAUGGCCCAGAUGGAUGCAGUCCACGACGUCUUGGACACAAAGGCGGGAAUCGGAAUUGUGUGCACUCAGUAA